AUGUUUUCCCACUUGUUUGCAGGUCUUUCCUUGGUAGCGCUUGGCAUAUCCCAAAGCUCGACUGUCAUCCCAGACUCGUCUACCCAGAUAUUGCCGUCGGAUCCUGUUAUUCUUUCAACCAAGCCGCUUGUUCCAGGGGGUAACAUUUGGUCAGCGCUGGUGGAUUCGUGCAUCGAGUCAUCAGGAAUCUCCGGAAUAGACUGCGUAUCUGAUGCCCUCUCUGACCUUUUAGUAAUUGCGGCCACCAAAGACGGCUAUGGAAACAAUACCAUGGACAUCAAGAACGGCACCUCGGCCGGAAAGCGGAGUCUCACUGGUGCAGAAAGAUCUGGUCUCACACUCAGAAGCACUUCAGAAGGAUCCAAAACCAUGCAGGGCUCGACGACCUCAACCUACAGUUCGAGGUCGACCCUGUUUGAACAUAUCUCGAAUGGUACCCACGGGACUGUGCGAGCGGUAGCCAGUCUUGAUGGCAGCAAUGACUCGUCGGGUGAAACUCGUCGUUACCGAAGGAAUACCUUCUCGUAUGGAGACAAAGUCCAGGGAUUGAAGCUAUCAUAUAGUGCGAAUUGUGGAUUCGUUCGCUUCAAUGAUCAGGCUUUGCAGAAACUGCGUGAUCUUAUCGGCACUUUCGUGCACUCAGCAUCAACCAACACGCAUUCGGACAAGUAUGCACUAGAGAUAUUUAACAUAGGAAACAACGUCAACAACCAUAUGUUAGCUACGCUGGUCGCCGAAGCAGAUGUCUACGGAAGCGAGUACGAAGAAUACCAACCAGCACCACUGUAUCCGUUAGGGGCCCAGUGCUAG